AUGGAGGGAUGCAGGGGGCCCCGGCUCGGGGACUUCCUGAGUGGGAGCCUGGCCACCUGGGCACUGGGACUGGCGGGGCUGGUGGGAGAGGCGGAGGAGCUGGAGGGAGAAGAGGAGGAGGAGGAGGAAGAGGGGCCCCUUUGCCCCGAGAGGAGGUUCCUGCGUCUCUGUGACGGUGCCCUGCUCCUCCGGGUGCUGGGCGUCAUUGCCCCCAGCUCCCGGGGGCGGCCUCUAGUGAUCCCGGGCCACGACAGCCCGACGGCCCGGCGGCUGUGCAGCCUGAGCCAGCUGUGGAGCCGGCUGCGGGAGUUCUACCAGGAGGAGCUGCAGCUGCUGAUCCUGUCUGGGCCCCCCGACCUCCAGACGCUGGCGCUGGACCCCCUCUCAGAGGAGGCAGUGGAGGAGCUGGAAGCCAUCCUGAGGCUCCUGCUAGGGGCAUCUGUGCAGUGUGAACACCGGGAGCUCUUCAUCCGGCACAUCCGGGGCCUCAGCCUGGACGUCCAGAGCGAGCUGGCCAUUGCCAUUCAGGAGGUGACCCAGCCCGGGGCAGGCAUGGUGCUGGCGCUGGCUGGGCCGGAGCCUGGGGAGCUGACAGCUCCGGACCUGGAGACGCUGACCCGGAGCCUGCUGGGGACACUGGCCAGGCUGGCUCGGGAGCGUGACCUGGGGGCCCAGCGGCUGGCUGACCUGCUGCUGGAGCGACAGCUGGCCCCCCUGCCCCUGGAGGCUCCGGCCAGGGCUCCGGCCCAGGAACCCUCCCACCACCUGGCCCUGCAGCUGGCCAACGCCAAGGCCCAGCUGCGCCGCCUCCGGCAGGAGCUGGAGGAGAAGGCCGAGCUGCUGCUGGACUCCCAGGCCGAGCUGCAGGGCACGGAGGCUGAGAUUCGAAGACUCCGCCAGGAGACUCAGGCGCUGUCGGGGCAGGCCAAGCGGGCCCAGCUGUACCGCGAGGAGGCCGAGGCGCUGCGGGAACGCGCGGGCCGCCUGCCCCGCCUGCAAGAGGAGCUGCGGCGCUGUCGGGAGCGGCUGCAGGCGGCCGAGGCCUGCCAGGGCCGGCUGGAGGAGGAGCGGGCGCUCUCAGGGGCCCUGGAGGCGUCCAAGGCGCUGCUGGAGGAGCAGCUGGAGGCCGCGCGGGAGCGCUGUGCGCGGCUCCACGAGACCCAGCGAGAGAACCUGCUGCUGCGGGCCCGGCUGGGCGAGGCCCACGGGGAGCUGGGUUCUCUGCGGCAUCAGAUGGAGCAGCUGGUGGAGGAGAACCUGGAGCUGGAGCUGGAGCUGCAGCGGAGCCUGGAGCCGCCCCCCGACUCCCCCGGGGACGGACCCCUACCAGGGCCGCUGCCCUCCCUGCAGGAGGAGGUGCGGGAGGUGGAGGCCGGGCGGCUGCGGGCUCUGGAGCGGGAGAACCGGGAGCUGCGGGACCUGCUGCGGGCGCUGCCGGGCGGCCAGCACCCCCUGCUGGAGAAGCAGAGUGAGGACUCCACGCUGCUGGUCCCGGCCUCGGUCCCCAGCCCCCAGGUCGGGGAUGAAGACCCCGGGGCCUCGGACUUGGCUCCCCCGGCAUCAGACUCAGCUGAGCGUCCCCAGGCUUCCGAUUCCGGGCCGCAGGGGGUGGAGAGGCCCCCGCAGGUGGCUGCCACUGCUCCCCAGGCCCCCCGAGAGUCAGAGCCUGUUGUAGAGACACAGGAGGCCCCGGAGAAGGCUGGCCGUGGGGCCCCGCUCUGGACGCCCCCCUCCACGGCCUCACCCCAGGAUCCAGGAGUGCGGAGUCAGACACAGUGCCUGGCAGGGGGAGAACCCGGGGAGAGGGAGGGUCCUGGGGGGCAGUCAGAGGCUUUGGUCCCCGGGCUGGGGCAGGAGGGCCCUGAACACCAGCCAGGACCCUCGGAGCUCUGCCUCCAAGUGCACCCCAAGGCGCCCGAGACCCCAGGAGGGGGCCUGGAGCUGCCCCAACAGCAGACAGAGGCCAGAGAGCUCGGACAGAGGCCGGUGGGGACGGCUGGGGACCCGGCUCAGCCAAAGCCACAGUGGAAGUCGGAAGCAGCUCCUGAGGCCCGGACUGCGGAGGAGCCGGUCCCAGCGGGGGUCCUGGCCAGCGGUGUCCCGGAGAAGGAGGCCCUCAGGGAGGAGGUGGCGCGAUUGAGGAGAGAGGCCGUGGCCCUCGGGGCUGAGCUGGAGGCCCAGAGCCGGAGGCUGGAGGCCCGGGGCGCAGAGGCCGCCCGCCUCUCCGAGGAGCUGGCUCGAGUGCAGAGGGCAGAGGCCGAAGCCCAUCGGGAGGCAGAGACCCGGGCCCAAGAGCUGGCCCGGCUGCGGGAGGCGGUGGAGGCAGCCGGCCGGGAGCUGGAGGCCGCGGCCCGGGAGCGGGACGCGCUGGCUGAGGCGCUGGCGGCAGCGGGCCGCGAGCGCAGGCAGUGGGAGCGCGAGGGGCCCCGGCUGCGGGCCCGGGCCGAGGCUGCCGAGGAGCGGCUGCAGGCGCUGGAGAGCGAGGGCCGCCGGCACCUGGAGGAGGCUGAGAGGGCGCGCCGGGAGAAGCAGGCCCUGGGCGAGGAGCUGGAGAAGGCCGUGGUGCGCGGCCAGGAGCUGGGCGCCCGGCUGGAGAGCCUGCAGCGGGAGCUGGAGCGGGCGGCUCUGGAGCGCCAGGAGUUUCUGCAGGAACAGCAGACCCAGCAGCAGAGGUACCAGGGCCUGGAGCAGCGGCUGGAAGCUGAGCUGCAGGCGGCGGCCACCAGCAAGGAGGAGGCGCUGAUGGAGCUCAAGGCCAGGGCCCUGCGGCUGGAAGAGGAGCUGUUCCAGCUGCGCCAGGGCCCGCCGGGGCUGGGCCCAAAGGAGCCUUGGGAUGCGGCGACCCAGAGCGGGCGGCUGAUCGAGGUGGAGCGCAGCAACGCGACGCUGGUGGCCGAGAAGGUGGCCCUGCAGGGGCAGCUGCAGCACCUGGAGGGGCAGCUGGGCAGCCUGCAGAGCCGCGCCCAGGAGCUGCUGCUGCAGAGCCAGCAGGCCCAGGAGCACAGCAGCCGCCUGCAGGCCGAGAAGUCCGUGCUGGAGACCCAGGGCCAGGAGCUGCACCGGAAGCUGGGCGUGCUGGAGGAGGAGGUGCGGGCGGCGCGGCGGUCCCAGGAGGAGACCCGUGGGCAGCAGCAGGCCCUGCUUCGGGACCACGAGGCGCUGGCCCAGCUGCAGCGGCGGCAGGAGACGGAGCUGGAGGGGCUUCUGGUGCGGCACCGGGACCUCAAGGCCAACAUGCGGGCACUGGAGCUGGCCCACCGGGAGCUGCAGGGCCGGCACGAGCAGCUGCAGGCCCAGCGGGCCCACGUGGAGGCGCAGGAGGUGGCUCUGCUGGCGGAGCGGGAGCGCCUGAUGCAGGAUGGGCAUCGGCAGCGGGACCUGGAGGAGGAACUGCGGAGGCUGCAGAGCGAGCACGAGAGGGCUCAGCUGCUGCUGGCCGAGGUGUCCCGGGAGCGGGGGGAGCUGCAGGGCGAGCGCGGGGAGCUGCGGGGCCGCCUGGCGCGGCUGGAGCUGGAGCGGGCGCAGCUGGAAGCACAGAGCCAGCAGCUGCGGGAGUCCAACCAGCAGCUGGACCUGAGUGCCUGCCGGCUGAGCACACAGUGCGAGCUGCUGACGGAGCUGCGGAGCGCCCAGGAGGAGGAGAACCGGCAGCUGCUGGCCGAGGUGCAGGCCCUGAGCCGGGAGAACAGGCAGCUUCUAGAGCGGAGCCUGGAGAGCCGUGACCACCUGCACCGCGAGCAGCGCGAGUACCUGGACCAGCUGAAUGCCCUGCGCCGGGAGAAGCAGAAGCUGGUGGAGAAGAUCAUGGACCAGUACCGCGUGCUGGAGCCCGGGCCCCUGCCCCGCGCCAAGAAGGGCAGCUGGCUGGCAGACAAGGUGAAGAGGCUGAUGCGGCCCCGGCGGGAGGGGGGCCCCCAAGGGGGGCUGCGCCUGGGGGCCGAUGGGGCUGGCAGCACCGAGAGCCUGGGAGGCCCCCUGGAGACGGAGCUCCCCGAGGGCAGGGAGGCGGAUGGGACAGUGUCGCGCUCACCAGCACCCAUGCGCCGGGCCCAGAGCUCCCUUUGCCUGCGGGAUGAGACCCUGGCAGGUGGGCAGCGAAGGAAACUUAGCUCGCGGUUUCCCGUGGGGCGAAGCUCUGAGUCGUUCAGCCCCGGGGACACCCCCCGGCAGCGAUUCCGACAGCGCCGGCCGGGCCCCCUGGGGGCGCCCAGCGCCCAUGGCAAAGGAUGUGGCGUGGGUUGGGAAGGCUCCGUUGAGACCCUCCAGGAACACAAGGCAGAUGGCAGCCACGAGGGCCUCGAGGAGCAGGACCCGGAGAAGCACCCCCUCACCCCUUCCCUCAGCCAGUGA